CUCGCGCUCUUCGACCGAUCUCACGGUGCGACGAAUCUCGACGUCGUUUCGUCCUUCCUCCAUUGCGCACCCGUCGGACUGUGCGUGUGUGUGCGUGUUUGUGUCUUCUCUUCAUCGCUCUCUACACCAUCAUUAGCUCCUCUUCUUCUUCACUUCCUUCGCGUGUUCGCUUUAUCAUUCCUCUUAUCAAGCACGCCGAAGUGAUCGUACCAUCCUCACCUGAUCGUGCUUGAGUUCUUUCGCGAUUUCUUCUUCCCUUUUCUCUUGGGUCAGUUUGGAGCGAAUCGCGGUUUUGUCUCUUGCGAAAUUCUCAUAUCUUCUUCCGCGGGACGAGUGAAACGAGUCCUGCCAGAGAGAAGCUCCUAAACAGUAGCCUCUUGCGAAUCUGCACCGGUACGGCUUCGGGAACUCCAUCCAGCGGUCGCUAGUCGUUUUUCCUUCACCGCCCAAGGAUGCUGCUACGUCGGGCAGGGCUCGCGCUUGGCGGUUCCUUACGCCAGCAGCUACAGCGCCACCCAAUUCAGGAAGGUUCCCAGCUGCGAUGGCUUUCAAACGGAAACCGGAAGACGCAUCCCAAGAUCCUCAUCACAGGUGGACUUGGCCAGUUGGGAGUCGAGUGUGCCAAACUGCUUCGCAGUCAGUACGGCGACGAAAGUGUCAUCCUGUCCGAUAUCAUCAAACCGAGCGACGCGAUCGUCAACAGUGGCCCGUACAUCUUUGCCGACAUUCUGGACUUCAAGGGUCUGCAGAAGAUUGUCGUCAACCACCGGGUGGACUGGAUCAUUCACUUUUCGGCCCUCCUCAGCGCGAUCGGCGAGCAGAAUGUGCCGCUGGCCGUGCGCGUCAACAUCGAGGGAAUGCAUAACGUGCUCGAGCUGGCGAAGCAGUACAAACUGCGCAUCUUCGUACCGAGUACGAUCGGUGCCUUUGGUCCGGAUAGUCCCAGAAGUCCGACACCCAACGUUACGAUUCAGCGUCCCCGGACGAUCUACGGUGUGUCGAAGGUGCACGCCGAGCUGAUGGGCGAGUACUAUCACCACAAGUUUGGGCUGGACUUCCGCUGCCUGCGGUUUCCGGGUGUGAUCUCGAGCGAUCCUCCUGGCGGUGGCACGACCGAUUACGCCGUUGCGAUAUUCUUCGAGGGCCUGAAGACGGGCAAAUACCAAUGCUACCUGAAGCCGGACACGCGCCUUCCGAUGAUGUACAUCGAGGAUUGUCUGCGCUCACUGCUGGAGUUCAUGACUGCCCCAGAGGAGCAGCUAAAGCGCCGGGUGUACAAUGUCACCGCCAUGUCGUUCACGCCCGAGGAGCUGGUCGACAAGCUGGCCAAAUAUAUCCCGGAGCUGCACGUGAGCUAUCGCCCCGACAGCCGGCAGCUCAUUGCCGACUCGUGGCCGCAGAUUUUCGACGACUCCGAGGCUCGCCAGGACUGGGGCUGGCAGCACAAGUAUGAUCUGGACAGACUUGUCGACUUGAUGGUGCGAGAUGUGACCGAGAAUUACAUCAAGAAGGCACCACAAUAAUAUGUUUCUCAGAUCUAUGGGAUCAAUAAAAAGUAUAUACUUCAAGUAAGCAUUUAAUCAUUUAAGUGAC